UUGGAAAUGUUCAAUGGGUGAACUGAACUCAACCUCUCAGAUCAUAGUGUUGGCAAAAGUAGGUCUGAUCAUGGGACUUGCAGUUCAAAUUAUUGCUAGUUGAACGCUCACAUUUGCUGCUUUGUCUUACCUUUUUUAGUAUAUACUCUAUUGACUGUUUUGAUUUUCAAAGAGUAGGUUUCUUAGUUGAAUUGUUAUUAUCGUUAUGCAUUCCCACUAACUGUUGGUUUUUGGAUAAUUUUUUUGAUGUUAAACUAAUAGUCUUAUUCAUGUAAGAGUUGGGCUAAAAAGAAUUGAACAAACUAUUGCAAGUUGUUUGUGCUGUAUGUUGGUCAAGUUUUGGAAAAGGUCUAUUCCACUAUUUUUCCAAUUGUUUCACCAGCACAAUCUGAGGCCAUCAUGAAACUGAAUGCCAAUAUGUCAUUUAAAAUUAUAUUUGUAGCUGCCACUCAAUCAGAGUUCAGAAACGAUCAAAUGAAUGUGAGUGAAAUCUAAGCAGACGUCCUCUUUAUAUUCUUGCACUGCCCCAGAACCAGGACAUGGUCAUUGCAUUACCAUGGAAAAAUCUGAAAAAACUCUUCCUAUUCACAAUUUUCUUCACAUGUUUCACCAAAGUCUAGUUUGCCUUCUUUUUUUUACGCAGAUCACUUUAAUAUCAGCAGCAACAUUGGACGAAGCGCAAGAACUUGUCAGGUGGAAAGACUCUUUGUCUGAGUCUUCUAAUCUCACAUCAUGGAGUAUCUCUGAUAAUCCAAAUCCUUGCAAUUGGACUGGCAUUAUUUGCGACAAUCUUACUUCCAUUACCCGCAUUGUCUUAUCCAAAAGAGGCCUCGCUGGAACACUCGACAGCUUCAAUUUCACCGCAUUUCCCAACCUCAAAAGCUUCAUUCUCGGCACCAACAAUCUUAAAGGUCAAAUUCCACUGAGCAUUGGUAAUCUUUCCCAGCUCGUUGUAUUACAUCUUGAACAUAACAUGUUUGAGGGAUUUAUUCCUCCUGAAAUAGGUCAGUUAUCACACCUUGAGUCUCUUCUCCUAUUUAAUAACAGUUUAGGAAAUACAAUUCCUUUUGAUCUUAGUAAUUUGCAGAAGCUACGCACCUUACAUUUAGGGGCAAAUAAGCUUCGAAAUCCUGAUUGGUCUAAGUUUAAUACUAUGCCUUUGCUGCGAAACUUAGAAUUGCCAUUGAACGAGUUUAAUGGAGAGUUCCCAAACUUCAUUUUUGGGUGCAGGAACUUAACUCGCCUAGUUCUGUCAAAUAAUAAUUUCAGUGGGUUGAUCCCAGAAGCCCUUUUCAGCAGUCUUCCCAACCUCGUGUACAUUGACCUUAGUAAUAACUCCUUUACAGGACCAAUAUCACCAAAGAUUUCUGAGCUCACCAACUUGACUCACAUUGACCUGAGCAUAAACCAGCUCAAUGGCUCAAUUCCUGAGAGCAUUGGCUCUAUUUCUAGCCUGGAACUUCUCCACCUUAACCAAAAUUUACUCACUGGGAGAAUUCCAUCCUCCAUAGGUCAGCUCAAGAACCUUAAAAUCCUCGCUCUUUAUUCGAAUAGAUUGAGUUUUUCAAUUCCUUCUCACCUUGGGUCGUGUACUAAUCUUACUGUCCUCAAUCUGGCUAAGAAUUCACUUAGUGGGGAGAUUCCAUUGUCCUUCACCAACCUUAGGAGUAUAUCAGAAAUUGGAUUGUUCGAAAAUAAACUGCAUGGUGAAAUAUCCCCGUAUCUUUUAAGCAAUUGGACCAUGCUGACUUCCUUGCAGCUUUAUGAGAAUAAUUUUAGCGGGAUAAUCCCUCCAGAAAUCGGCAAAUUGGCAAACCUUAGUUAUCUUUAUCUUUACAAAAAUAGUUUCAGCAGUUUCAUACCGUCUGAGAUAGGAAAUCUGAAAGUCUUGUUCGAGCUUGACCUCUCAACAAACAAACUUUUAGGUCCCAUCCCUCCAACCAUUGGGAACCUAAGCGAGCUUUCUGUCCUUAAUCUGUCUGAUAACAACCUCAAUGAAACAAUCCCCCCAGAAAUUGGAAAUCUAACCUUAUUGACUAGACUUAAUCUAUUUAACAAUCAGUUACAAGGAGAGUUGCCAGAUACCAUGUCUAACCUUCACAACCUAAAAUCAUUUUCUGUCUACUCUAACAGUUUGAUCGGCGAAAUUCCAAAGAAAUUUGGUGAAAAUAGCCUUUCUCUUAUUACUGUCAGCUUUUCAAACAAUAGUUUCUCAGGGAAUCUUCCUCCUGGCUUAUGCAAUGGUUUUAAGCUGGAGCACUUGACAGUUAAUAAUAACAGCUUCACUGGAGGCCUUCCAGAGUGUUUGAGGAACUGCUCAGGGUUAAGUCGAGUCAGGUUGGAGAAGAAUCAGUUUAAUGGGAGUAUAUCUGAUGCUUUCGGUAUUCACCCAGGUCUCUAUUAUCUCAGCAUGAAUGACAAUCAGUUUGUUGGUGAGAUUUCACCCAAAUGGGGUAAAUGUAAGAAUCUGACAGAUUUCCGGUUAGAGAGAAAUAAAGUUUCAGGGGAAUUACCAGCUGAGCUAGGGACACUACUACGGUUGGGAGUUCUAACUCUUGGCUCAAAUGAAUUAAGUGGGACAAUCCCCGACGAAUUUGGAAAUUUGAGCAAGUUGUUCAACCUUGACUUGAGCAAUAAUCACUUUAUAGGGCAUAUUCCUCAAAGCAUUGGUAACUUAGAGUCUCUUCAGUUUCUUGAUCUAUCUGCAAACAAUUUUUCUGGAGAUAUUCCUGGACUUGGCAUGCUUACAUCCUUAAAAAAUUUGAACCUCUCCCGCAAUCAUCUUACAGGGAAGAUCCCAAAAUCACUCUCGAACAUAACUAAAAUAGAGUUCUUUGAUCUCUCUUACAACAGGCUGUCAGGUUCUGUCCCUAGCGAUGAAUUUUUCAAGCGUGGGUUAUACAUGGGAAAUCCAGGGCUUUGUGGGAAUCAUGUUGGACUAUCUGCUUGUGUCAUGCCCAACAAACAUAUAAAGAUUGUUGUUGCAGUUGUGGUACCUAUCAUUUCUCUGUUGGUCAUUGGAACAUGUGUUGCGGCUUUAUUAUAUUGCCGGAAGGAUACACAUCCUCAUCCUGAGAGCAGCGGUUUUGAUACCGAUGAUUCAGAGUCUUUGAUAUGGGAGACAGAAGGUGGAUUCACAUUCCAGGAAAUUGAGAAGGCCACUGAUGGUUUCAGUGAUAUCUACUGCAUCGGAAAAGGAGGAUUUGGUAGUGUAUAUAGGGCGUCUUUGUUAUCAGGCUAUGUAGUUGCCGUAAAAAAGCUCAACAUGUCCGAAUCUGCUGACAUUUCGUUAACAAUGAGACAGAGUUUCAAGAAUGAGAUAAAAGCAUUAACACAGGUCAGGCACCGGAAUAUUAUAAAAUUGUAUGGGUAUUGUUCCAAAGAAGGGUCUAUGUACUUAGUCUAUGACUACAUUGAAAGGGGUAGUUUGGGGAAAGUGUUGUACAGUGAAGAAGUUAUAGGGGAACUAGGCUGGGAAAGAAAAGUGAAUAUUGUCAGAGGACUGGCUCAUGCAAUCGCUUACUUGCACCAUGAUUGCACCCCUCCGAUUGUUCAUCGUGAUGUAUCCAUAAACAAUGUCUUACUCGAUUAUGAAUUUGAACCACGCCUUUCAGAUUUUGGCACUGCAAAGCUUCUCCAGUCAGAUACAUCUACCUGGACCUCGGUUGCUGGAGCUUAUGGUUACAUGGCCCCUGAGUUGGCUCAGACAAUGAGAGUGACAGAGAAGUGUGAUGUCUUUAGCUUCGGUGUGGUGGCAUUGGAAGUUAUGAUGGGGAAGCACCCAGGGGAAUUUCUGUCUUCUUUAUUAUCUCCUGCUAAGAGCCGUGAUAUGCUAUUAAAAGACGUUCUAGACCAACGAUUCUCACCGCCUACAGGGCAUGUAGCAGAGGAAGUGGUGAUCGCAGUCACAUUAGCUUUUUUAUGCACAAGUUCAGCACCAGACUCACGGCCUACAAUGCGGUAUGUGGCUCAAGAACUAUCUGCUGCCAAACGCAAUUAUAUAACUGAGCCUUUUGAAACAGUAACACUCAACAAAGUGAAUGCUCCCUAAUAUAGUGACAGAAAAAGAAAGUUGAACAACUUGUUUUUCAGUGUUUGUGGAGGUGGUUCAACUUAGGAAAGACCUGAGCAUUUUCCUGGCUACAUUGGCAAAUUACUCAAGUAUUCAUUUGUUUUCUAAUCAGGAAUAUUACUAUUUUCUGUGAUAUGUAUGUUUGAAAGUUGAAACUAGAGCGUGCUUUGUUCAAGCAUUAAAGGUUGAUGAGCUAGGCAGUAGGCACUGAUUCAAUAUUGUUCAUUUACUGUGUGUUUCCAUACAUCCCUCACCUUUUGUAAAAUCAACGAAACUGUUGAUGUUUACUUCUUUAGAAUUAGAGCAUGCUAUGUUCGAGGCUGAUAAAUUAUGAUAAUACAACAUUGUUCUACCAUUGUAUGGUUUUUUUAA